UCCCUAAGUUUCUGUUCCCUCGUCAAAACUCCCUCCAAAAUACCCUCUGCUCUCGCACACACAUCACUUGCGGAGCCAAGCGCAUCUUCACCAGUGCCACUGAACCUGCCAUCGACGAACCUGUUUCCUCAAACCAAAACCAUCCUACAUGGCAUCCACUUCAGCUUCCCGUGACGGUGGUGUAGCUGGUAGAAUCAGAAACUUAGCCUCAACACUUGCCGCUGAUAACCAGACUCUCCGUACUGAAAUUCUCAAGAGUUUGAUUAUGAUGAAGAAAAUUGCAAUUGACUUGGAGAGUGAUCAUGAAUCUGCACAGGUAAAGGAACUUGAAAAUGCUGUUGUUAAGUUGGUUGAGUCUUACAAAGAUUGUGGACAUCAUGCAUCAGCAAUAGAAUCAGUUGGAAACAUAUACCAGCCCGGGUCAGAGUUAACGGAUUUCAAGAAGUUGCUUCAGGCUGAGUUUGAGAAGCUUAAAUCUGGUUCGACUUCUGAUUUCCAAAAUGAUAUGCUUUUACGUCAGUUUAGAGAAGCUGUCUGGGAUGUUCAUCACAAAGGGCAGCCAAUGCCAGGUGAAGAGCAGGAAGACAUUGUAAUGACAAGUACCCAGUCCAACCUUUUGAAUAUCGUUUGCCCACUGAGUGGAAAGCCUGUUAUUGAACUAGAACAGCCAGUUCGUAGUGUGGAAUGCAAGCAUAUUUAUGAGAAGGAGGCAGUCAUGCAGCACAUAGCAAUGACGAGAGGACAAGCACAAUGCGCCAUAGCAGGUUGCCCUAAGAUUCUGCAGGCAGAAAAAUUAGUAUGUGAUCCAUUUUUAAUUAUUGAAAUUGAGGAAAUGCGAUCGAGUAAACAAACUGCUAGGACUAAUGUUGUAGAAGAUUUCACUGAGCUCGAUGAAGACGAGGGUAACUGAUAAGAGUGCUUACUUGAAGAUGUCAAUCAUAGCUAACAUCAAGAUUCUGAAUACUCAUUAGUCCUCACUUCGGUAAUCUGCUGUAAAUAUGCUAGGGAGAAAUGAAAUAUUAACUUCAGUUUCAUCAUUCUAAGCUCUUCUGAACUCGGACCUUGUGGUAAUCUUUUGUGAACUUGCUUUUGUCUUGAAUGCCAGUGAAAGCAGUAGUAAGUUGCUAUAGUUCCUCGCUAGGCUUGCACAAGUCUGUGGAGGCAAGUUGCGCAAGAAUGACUCUUCAUUUUGAUUAUCAAUUUUGAAAGAUUUUUAUUGAUCUAGUAAUAAGGUCCCCUUUUAUUUAGGGAUGGAAGUUUGUGUUGGUAUUCCUGAAUACCCGAUAGAACGGAUUUGGAAUUUGAUUUUACCAGUGCCGGUUCGGGUAGGGUUCGGAUUUGAAUUGGCAAACACUUGUAUUUGAAUUCGAUUAUGUUAAAUUUUAUUGCAUUUUAUUUUAAUUAUCUAGAACAUUAUUUUAAAUUCUAUUGAAUGUAUUGCUUGGAUUGUAUUAAUAUAUUGAACAUUUAAUAUUGGAUACUUA